AUGGCGAAGUUCUUGGCGACGGUCAAGGCGAUAAUUACGCGCCUGGUGUUCGCAUCGCAUGGAUUCAUCGCUAUCUGGCAGGUUACGACUUUUAAGCAGAAUCCGCUCUUCUGGUACCUCUGUUGUCCCAUCCUCCUGCUGUUCUUCGAGGGUAUCUUCACGCUCACGAUAAAGGAGAACCAGGAGUGGAAGUGGUUCUGCCCUUCUGUUUUUUUGUAUCUCAGCAGUGUAGUGCCUGCGAUUUGGCUUUUGGAGCUGGACAAGGUGGAGAGAAGAUUGAAAUCCCGCGAGUCGGGUAUCAACAUAUCGGAGAACUUCGAUCUGUCUAAUUUGGCAGCCAGUGACUUGAAGCAUCUGGAGAAAGCUUUAGGCGUUGACAUUCAGCUACCGGACAUACAGAUCUCCACGGAAACGUGGGUCACCCUGAUCGAACAGUUCCUGAUGUUGGUCCUGAUAAUUGGCCGGUGGAUGUUGCCAAAGGGCGAUCUCACUCGCGAUCAGCUCAGUCAGCUCCUGCUGGUCUACAUCGGCACCGCCGCCGACAUCAUCGAGUUUUUCGACUCCUUCAAGGAGGACAAGAUAGCGCGUGAGCCCGUGCUCGUGUACCUGACCUUAGGCAUCUGGGCGUGGUCCCUGAUGCAGUUCACAGUUGUGUUGACCGCCACCAAGUCGAGGAAGUCGCGAUUGUCGUCCGGAAGCGUCGCCAGGAAGAAAGUCCGCACGGAGACCAGCUGUUGCAGCAUCGACGUGUGGGGCAUCGCCUUGAACAUGAUUCUUCAGGACGGACCGUUUUUGGCGUUUCGCCUGAUACUGAUAAUCCAUUACAAGAUAGUCAGUUACAUGAACAUAUUCUUCACGUGUAAGAACACGUUGGUGAUACUGCUGCAGCUGUACCGGCUCUACGUGGUGCAGAGCGAGAACAGGAACAAGCGGAAGAACCGGAAGUACAAGAAGACGGAGGUGUCGAACAUCAGCAUUAUUUCGCGGGGCGACGUGUACAGGGACGUGAGAGUGAAGAGUUCGCGGGACGACAAGAGGCAGAAGAGACGUCGCGACAAGGACCUAGAGGCGAAUUACACGGAGACCGAGGACUCCACGGAGGAGGAGAACGACAAGUUCGACUCGUCCCCGAGGAACGUUGCUCAUUCCAAACGGAAAAAUCGCCAAGACACGGGAUACUCGACCUCGAGCUCUCGCAAUUCCGGCAAGCAGGACAAGUCGCAGAAGCGCGAGGGGAAGAGAAGAUUCAUCCACAGGGAGGAGGCGAGACGCGGCGUUUCCGACGAUGAGAAACGCAAGAGGAGAGGGGAGAAGAAGUCCGGUGAGAAAAGCGAGAGAAAGUCGACGAAGGGUAAACACGACGACGAUUCCGGUAAGAGCAAGUGCUCCAAUCGGAAGUUCGACAGCGAGAACGAGUCUUCCAGCGAGGAGCUGACCGGCGGUAAAACCGUCAGCGAGGCCAGCGAAUCGGAAUCCGACAGAAAGAGGUAA